AGCGUCUCGGUUUCCUUGCUGGAUUCGCGGUGACCGGCUGUUCAUCUUUUAGGUGUCGGCGAAACCUUGUUGUACCUGCUGUAUUUACAUCUCCCCCCCAUUAUCGGUUUAUGCUUUUUCGACUGUUUGGUACGCUGCUCCGCGUUUCCAUGAAGCCGCAGGUUGUGUUCGUGCUUGGUGGACCCGGAGCUGGAAAAGGCACACAGUGCACCAAAAUUGUAGAGACUUACGGCUACACUCACCUGUCGGCUGGGGACCUCCUGCGGGCCGAGCGAUGUCGGGAGGGCUCUGCGGAUGGACAACUGAUCGACAGCUAUAUCAAGGAAGGCAAGAUCGUUCCUGUUGAGAUCACCAUCAAUUUGCUAAGGAAGGCCAUGGAGGAGACGAUGCAAGCUGAUGAGGGAAAGUGUCGAUUCCUGAUUGACGGCUUUCCCCGGAAUCAGGACAACCUGCAGGGCUGGGCUGCCGUCAUGGAUGGCAAGGCAGAUGUCAGAUUUGUCCUCUUCUUUAACUGCAGCAACCAGGUGUGCGUUGAGAGGUGUUUGGAGAGGGGGAAGAGCAGUGGACGGACCGAUGACAACAGAGAGAGCCUAGAGAAGCGCAUCCAGACAUACCUGCAGUCCACAACGCCCAUCAUCCAGCUGUACGAGCAGCAGGGGAAGCUGCGUACUGUGGACGCGUCUCGGAGCGUGGAGGAGGUAUUCGCUGAUGUGAAGAACCUUCUGGAUAGAGAGAGUUAGACAUCCUCCUUCCCUAACCUCAGAUUCAGGCUCUACAUAUAUUUUUUUGACUAUGUGUAUUUUAUUGGACUGUUGUUUUUUGUUUUUUUUUACAACACACUUGCUAAGGGAGGCGCGAUCUGAGGGGAGUAUCGGUUCAUAUGCAGCUUUGUCCGUGUGCUUUUGUCUGUGGAGAGGCUGAUUCAGACGAGGGCUGAGUGACUGAGAGCUUUCUUUAAGUCAAGUGCUGUAAGGUCCACCACAGGUGUCCCGCGUCCAGAGACCGGCCGUCUUUUUCUGUCUGAGCGCAUUCGCUUCUCUGACUGGUUAUUUAGGUCAGGAAUCGCCUGGGACAUCUCCAGGUACACAUGACUUUCCAUUUAAGGAAGUCCGGGCACGUUCUCGCUGAGUAAAAAAGGGCCUCGUGUUGUUUAUCAGCAUGGUGUUUUAAACACUUGGGUGUUACACAGCAGGAAUUUUAUUUAAAAUAGCCAAGCAGAAAUGAACUCUGGACUUUUAACAUAUUUUUUGUCAGGUAGGUUGGGCACAUAUUGCGAGGAAGUAAAUUACUAAUCUAAUUAUUAGUUAAACAUAUUAUAAUGCACACUGAGAUGCUCAUGUGUGUGACAUUCAGCAAUUACAAAGAGUCAUCAGUCAUGUGAAGUUGUGUGUCUCAGCUAUUUGGGUAUGCAGUACAUCUUCCACUUGGCUAAUGCUGAAAGGUCUGAAUUUCUGCAGUGAAUAUGAUUUCACGUGUAGAGUAAUUUCAGUUCGGUGGGUCUCUGGAUGCGUCACACUCGAACACACUUUCAAGAACCCUUGGAGUUCAGGCGAGUCAGGUCCUCCGUAAAGUCUGGCAAACGCUUUGCUAUUUUCACGUCUUUUUCCAGUGUCACCGCUUUCCUUCUCAUUGAUUGGGGAGUGUAUUUUUGUUCAUUUAUUUUUCUUUUUAAAUGUGCUAAAAGCUAUAGAUUUUGUACCAUUGCCCUGUGUGUGAGAUAUUAGAAAAACACAUGACAAAUGGACCAGUUAUGAAGCACUCAUUUCAUUCCAUUUAAGUCAGUCAGGGGAAGAUGAACUUAUUCAAAUGUUUGAAUACAUGGUUUUUACCUCUAGGUGAACAUGGCGUGUCUAUGUUUUCAUUUUUGUGUAAAGAAAUGUAAGUGUAAUAGGGCCCUGUCUACUCUGCCACUGCUACUUUAGUGCUCUUUUAGUAGUUUGAAUCGUAAGAAUGACAUUGAAACAUUUUCCAUUUAUGUGUCUUGAAAUUCAGCUGAUCACAAUGAAAGGGCUGUAAUUACCAGUGGCCACAGACCAUGUGUUCUGCUAUUGGGACAGAAAACGCUUAUUGCUGGUUGACCUCCAGCAGGGGGCAGCGUUUGGGUUUCAGUGCAUCAGCUGCUCAACAGCUGAGCCUGACGGGGUUUGUCUGUCUGAUACAAGCGUAUCAAUAGCUGAUUCUACUCCCUUAGGUAUUUCACUUUAGUGUGUGAAUGUAGCCAACUUUACAUUUCAUUUCAGGUUUACUUUAAAGUAAAUAGUAUUAAAAAAAAAUUGGUUACUACCAAAUCUCUGUAAUUAGGUAGUCAAAAGAGUGUUGUCACUAUAGUUGGCUCUGUCUUCAGUACUUAGAAUUAAGUAUCGUAUUUCUGUCUGCAUCAAUAAAUAGUUACUUGAAUACUAUGGCUAUGAAUACAGCUAUACAACUGUGCAAACAAGAUAAAGGUUGUUAGCAGUGAGAAGGUACUCGGCGAACGGAAAUGUUCUUGGCCCAGUCGGUAACUCAAAGGAAAAGAGAAUUAUGAGAAGAGAUUUGGGGAAAAGCAGGAUCGUUCAGCUAUUUCCUGUGAUCUGCUGCGUGCGGAAGGGAACCUCUGCUACGAUUCUUUUUAAACAAUGUUUUCUCUGUUGUUCGGUGCUCCAUUUGCAGUCUCUUGCUUUUCCUGUACUCUCGCUGCGUCCAGUCCUGUAUGACAAAGCGGGUGGUCUCUGGAGAACUGUAAAUCAUAAAGCAUUUACAUUGUCAUGUUUUAUGCGCUGCCAUGCUAAAUUAGACAGAUGUGAAAUUGGUGUCACGCGAUAGAUCUGAGCUGUGAUUAUGACAUUUUUUUUUUGUGGUGUUGGAGGUGUAAUGUAUCGAUAAAAUGGCUGAAAAACUG